GUUUAAUCAAUAAGAUACUGAAACUUAUAUAACUCACCCUACCGGCCCAACCGAACUGCUUCGAGACCGAAUCCGUAACGCGAGGCUCUCACCUGAGAACGUCGGCAGACGAGUCGCUAUUGGGAGCUCCCAGUCACGAGCAAAGGGGAGAGAAAAGGCAACGCUCGCGGACGCGAUUCUCGGCAUUAUAUUCGCGCUCGACCGCGACUACCGACCAGGAUGCUGCCCCGCCGCCUCGUCCACACACUCGCCUCUCCGUCUCUACCAGCCCACGCGCACAGAUUCUCCACCUCCUCCAUGCGCUACGCCCACCGUGCCAUCGUGUUCUCGCACCCAGGCGAACCCGCCGACGUCCUCUCUGCCCUCACCUACCCAUCCCUCCCACCGCCGCCCCCGCGCGCCCUCACCAUCCGCUUCCGCCUCUCUCCCGUCAACCCAUCCGAUGUCAACGUCGUUGAGGGCGUCUACCCUAACAAGCCCGCCCCGACCACCUCCCUCGGCCCCGGCCAGCAGCUCCAAGAGCCCGUAUAUGUGCCAGGAAAUGAGGGCCUCGCGGAGGUGGUUAGCGUGGGAGACGGCGUGGAUGGGCUGGCGGAGGGGGACUGGGUUGUGAUGGCUAAGCAGCAGGCGGGGACGUGGAGCUCGGCGAGGACCGUCGGUGUCGAGGACGUCAUUAGGCUGCCCAAAGACGAGGUCAGCGAGGUGAACGCUGCUACGAUAUCGGUCAACCCACCCACGGCGUACAACAUGCUCCGCGACUUUGUCGACCUCACCGAGGGUGACUGGGUCAUUCAGAACGGCGCGAAUAGUGCAGUUGGCCAAGCCGUCAUCCAAAUCGCUGCCCGACGCGGCCUCAAGACGCUCAAUUUCGUCCGCGACCGACCAGAUCUCGAUGCGCUCAAGAAGGAACUCACCGAAAUCGGGGCGACAGGCGUGCACACUUACGACGAGCUCAACGACAAGUCCCUCGUCAAGCAGCUCAAACUGCUCAUGGCCGACCGCCCGCCACGCCUGCUAUUGAACUGCGUCUCUGGGCCAACAACGCUCGCGCUCGCGCGCCUACUCGGGCCGGGCGCGCACGUAGUCUCGUACGGCGCGAUGAGCAAACAGCCGCUGAUGCUCCCCACUGGCGCGCUCAUCUGGAAGGGGCUCAAGGCCGAGGGAUACUUCAUGAGCCAGUGGUACAAGGACCAUGGGCGGGAAGCGCGGGAGAGUCUAUUUAAGGAGCUGAUAGCGCUGAAGCUGAAGGAACCUGCGCAUGAGAUGGUGGUGAUACCGGGGACGAUGAGCGACGAGGAGGCGGGUGAGAGGGUGAGGGAAGUUAUGAGGCGGAUUGCGGAGGGGAGGUAUGGAAGGAAGGUGCUAUUGCGUGUAGAGGAUCCGGUGCAGUGAGCGUGUUGGAAUUGCAGGCUCAAGUGUGGGCGAGUUGGAUGAAGGGAAUGCGACCAUGUCGGGGA